AUGCAUGCCCUCACAGACGAGCCAAGGCCAAGGCCGCUCGUCUCCAUCCCGCUAGCACCUCCGGUUAGGCGUACGCCCCCCUACACAUUCGAUGACGACGACGACGACGACGACGACGAACGGGAUGUGCCACCUAAGCGAUGGUAUCACUACAUACCGCUGUGUUGCGCCAUAUUCCUACUGCUCGCAUUUCACCCAUCUCUCCUAAUCAUGCUCGUGAACUACCAUCUGCGCACCCUCCGCUCACCACUGCGAUUCUGCGUGCACCUCUUUGUCACAUACACACUGUCCUUCCUCGCCUUCUCUUCUCUCAUCGCCGUCCUAACGCGAGAUCCUGGACCAGUCAUUGGAAAGAAAACCGAAACAGAUACCCGUGACGAAGACAUGGGCUUUAUGCAGGCUUUGAUGGAUACGGGGGAUGUAACAGAUCAUCCUCCUGGCAAAUGGUGCGGGAAGUGCUCUUCGUCCAAACCAGAGCGUGCACAUCAUUGCAGCUCUUGCGGAAGAUGCGUACUCAAGAUGGAUCACCAUUGUGGUUGGCUUGGGAAGUGUAUCGGCCACAGGAAUUAUACAUCAUUCAUCCACCUUCUGACAUGUAUCACUUUACUCGCCCUGUAUGUUGCCAUGCUAUCUAUUUCUGCUGUGUAUUACGCUUUCACAAAUCCCUUGUCCAUCGACGAGAAGACUCCGCUGCACGAACUUUUCUUGACAUUCCUCGGCUUGGUAGUCUCUCUUGUAAUUGGCGCAUUCUGGGUCUACCAUAUCUAUUUGGCAUCUACGAAUCAAACAACGCUUGAGAACCUCUCUCCUUUCCUACUCCUCCGCGAAGUGCCUUCACUGCCACCAUCAAGCGGGCAGAACACACUCUCCAACCCCCCGCAGGAACAUGAGCUCUCAUCCAAACAGCGGCGCCUCGUGCGGGAUGCGCACAAUUACAUUCGGCUGUACGAUUUGGGCUGGCGGAAGAACUGGACACAGCUCAUAGGCUGGAGGCGUCCAUGGGGAUGGCUGUGGCGCCUUACUAUUGGCGGCGGAGGGGUCGGAGAUGGACGGACGUUCCUCCGGAAUCCGCGUGCAGAUGAGAUGCUCGCGCGCCUCGCGGUGCGCUUGGUCGAGGUGGAGAAGGACCAUUGA